AUGCCACGUUUUCGCGAACUCUUCAGGUCUUCCAAGAAACGCGACAUGGAGGACGUGCCACGAGAACCGGAGGAGUCCAAGGAGUCCGUGAGAGAAAGGCUUGGCGAUUUCCUGGAGGAAGGGCUGGCGAAGACCAAAUCCAAACUGCACGAGGCGUUGGGCCUGGGCCAGACGCCGAGUGUCAUUCCCGACGGCGACGUCGACUUUUGCGGCGAGCCACGCGAGGUCGAGGUGGGAUGGCACCCUGUCGCCGGGCUCGCGGGCAAGUGGUUCGCGGAGCAGACUGGUCUUGGCAAGAUGAUCACCGAGGGGAUCAGCAAGUUCCCGGACCCGACCCAGCACUGGGCCGUCCUCGUCGGCGAUUACUGCCACCAGCUCUGGAUGGACGAAAACUUGAACGUCAUCUACAUCAACGGGAAGAUCAACAGGGAUGAGUGGCACACGUAUGAGGUCGGCAAGACACGUUUCAACGACCAAGCUCUGGGCAAGGCGGGUGACAUGACCAUUCUCAACAUGAGGGGACAGAGGCCAGCAUACAACCUCAUUGACAACAACUGUCAGACCUUCGCCCUGAAGCUCCUAGAUGCCAUCUCCGUUGGCAAACACAGAGAAUUUGCCACAAGCUACGAGGUCUACCAGAGAGCGAUUGGCAAAGGUGCCAUCAAAGAUCUCUUCGUCGAGGAUCACCCGGAUGAUCAUCCGGAGGAACGGCCUGACACGCCGCCUGAGGGCACGGUGAAUCUGGCGCAACAUGUCAUGGACGACAAGACGACACAGCUGGACAGUCACGAAACCGCUCGACAAUGA